AUGGAAAUCCCACCAAAGAAAGCUCACUUUUUCAAACCCAUUCUGCCUGGUUUCAAGAAUGGCCUUAAAAUCCCUAUAGGUUUCUUGAAGUAUUUGAGAGGACUUGACCAUAUUGAACAUAUUGUACUAAAAAGGGCUGGCAACAAGUGGUUGGUGAAGAUGAACGGACGGCGAUUAGAAGAUGGUUGGGAAAAGUUUGUAGAGGAGCAUGAUUUGCAGUUGGGAGAUAUAUUGAUUUUCAGACAUGAAGGAGACAUGGAUUUUGAUGUUUCCAUCUUUGAUUCAACUCAUUGUGACACAGAAUAUGCAGAGUAUAAGCAAAUACAAGAAGAAAAGGACAAAAGGGUCGAGGAUGAGAACGAGGAUGAUGAGGUUGUUGAGGAAGAGGAACAGGAGGAGGACGAUGAUGAUGAUGAGGAUGAUGAAGUGUAUACUCUUGACAGACCUUUUGGUCGAUCUCAUUUUGAAUUCACUAUUAGACAAUAUUGUCUUUCGAAAGGUUUCAUGAAUAUGAACUCUUUAGUGAUGUGUGUAUUUACACAAUGUCGGUGGAUUCCUAAAGAUUUUGCAUUUGCAAAUGGUCUCAUCAACCGCAACAAGAAGUUUGGUUUAAUCAUAAUCAAUGAAAGACAAACAAGGUCGUGGAACUUAAUGCUACAUUCAUGCAAAACUCAAGCUUAUAUUGCAGAUGGUUGGCGAAAAUUCAGUGCUGAUAAUUGCUUAAAAGAGGGAGAUCGAAUAAUGUUUGAAAUAGUUGCUAAAGGAGAGACACAAAUAUGGAAAUUUCAAGUUGUUAGUAAUGCAAAAAAACCAAUGAGGAAGUUUCAAGAAAAUGCUAUGGAAAAGCCAAAGCCUAAUGUCAUGUCAUCACACAAGGAUUUCCCUGAUGUAGAAACGGCUAAGGACAUGCCUCGCGGUCGCCCUCGUUUCAUUUAUACCAUCACAGCCAGUUGCAUUUCAAAGUAUUUUCUGCAUGUUCCAAGACAAUUUGCACGGGAAAAUGGCCUCAGAGACAGGAAAUGUAUAAUAACAAUAAGAGAUGAGCAACAAAGGCCAUGGGUGUUUAAGCUGUAUACCGCUACAGGCAACACUUUUAUUGCAGGUGGAUGGCGUAAUUUUUGUGCUGCUAAUUUCUUGAUGGAAGGAGACCGCGUAAUGAUUGAGAUGUUUUCCAAGGGAGAGCAACCAAUAUUUAAAAUUUACGGCAAAGCAAAUGCAUCACUUCAGCCUGAAGAAAAGAAGCCUAAUUUGGAUGCUGUAAGAGUUUUCACUCAAGGAAAACCAAAACCCAAGAUCAAGACAUCUAGCAAGGCUUCCUCCAAAGUAGAAGCUGCUUAUAAGGACACGAAUCUCAGUCACUCUCAUUUCAUUUGUACUAUUAGACCUUAUAGCCUUUCAAAGUAUUUUCUGUUCAUCUUCAGUUUCAGUUUUGACAGUGUUGUUUCGAUUAAUAAACUAGAUUUGAGAGAAAGUCCAUCCCUCCAGGCUGAAGUAAAGAUGAAAAUAUUGGAUGCUGAAAGAAUGUCAGAUAAAGGUCGUAGGCUUAAGACCUCGAGCAUGACUACUCCGGAAUCACAAGUAGCUGCUUCAACAUCUGUUGAUGUCAACUCUCAUUUUAUAUCUACUAUUAAACCUUACACCAUCAAAAAUCCUACUUUGUAUCUUCCACUGGACUUCGCGAAAUCAAAUGGCUUGAUGGAUAAAAGUGAGAUGAUACUUGUUGAUGAAAAGCAGAGAUCAUGGUCAGUGUGGCUAGGGCGCAUGGGACAUCACUUUGGAAUUCUAAGGGGAUGGACACAGUUCAAAAAAGCAAAUGGUGUCCAAGUAGGAGAUACUUACAAGUUUGAACUCACCUACAAUGGCACAAUACCUAUAGUUCAUUUCCACUGUAAAUAUUCUGGGAAGGAUGCAGUUGUUGAUGGGCAAAAGGAAACUAGUCAUUAA